AUGGCUCCCAAGGCCGCCGACAAGAAGCCCGCCUCCAAGGCCCCCGCCACUGCCUCCAAGGCUCCCGAGAAGAAGGAUGCUGGCAAGAAGACCGCCGCCUCUGGCGACAAGAAGAAGCGCUCGAAGACCCGCAAGGAGACCUACAGCUCUUACAUCUACAAGGUCCUCAAGCAGGUUCACCCUGACACCGGUAUCUCCAACCGUGCCAUGUCCAUCCUGAACUCUUUCGUCAACGACAUCUUCGAGCGCGUCGCUUCCGAGGCCUCCAAGCUGGCUGCUUACAACAAGAAGUCUACCAUCUCUUCCCGAGAGAUUCAGACUUCCGUCCGCCUCAUCCUCCCCGGUGAGCUUGCCAAGCACGCCGUCUCUGAGGGUACCAAGGCGGUCACCAAGUACUCUUCCUCGACGAAAUAA